AUGACAGCACUAGAGCAAGGCUUUACAAAGCUCAAAUUGCACCACACGACCGAAGAUGCCGAAGAUCAUGAGGAGGCUGCCGAGGAAAAUACCGGACAACCCGUGGUCGUAGAAGACCUACCUUCUGUUCCAUCAGUUGAGAUCAGCGUGGAGGAUGCAAAUCUGGAAGAAAACUUCUUCCUAGACAUCAAAACUUUCUUGAAAGAGAUGCAGUCUAUUCGGAAAUAUGUCUUGGCGCGCUGGUCUGGCAAGUCUGAUCUUAUGACUAAAGCCUUCGUUACCAACAUAGCGAUCGACAUCGUGCGACAGAAGGAACGCGAGUUCGACGAAAGUCUUUCCCGUCCGCCUCAAUACCCAGCGGAUAAAUUUCCUGUAUGGUGUCUGCCUGCUUUACUCCUUUAUCAAGAGGUCGACUCGGAGGCACUCGAUACAAAGCAGCCACUCGAAGGAUUUGUCCGGCCUUCUCGCAUGGCGGUCCCUUCUACUGUUAUGGGCCCACAUUCCUCUCUUUGCUUCUACCCUGUGUACAACGGUCUCAAAAUGCUCCUCUACGACGUUCAACGUGCUCCAAAGCGACCAACAGCAGCUGUUUUGGUUCACAAUCUCAGAGAGAAGUACAAAGAUCUGUGCAUGCAUCCACAUAUGAUUAAUGCGUUGGAUAUAGCUUCAACGCUUUACGUCCUGGAGGACACGUCGACAGUCUUACGUCGCUUCGCGGAAGAUGGAUUGACACAGGGUAUUCGACACAUGUUCAAAGGAGGAGGAAUUCCCUUUUGGGUUACCUUUGCUAUGCAGAUCCAAAACGAUAUCAACGAUUUUCCCCAGCCUCCCAUGGUAGACCCGCUCAACGAGUUGCGACGAGAAUUAACGAAGACCUCCAUCAUCAUCCAGGAGAUCAGGACGCAUCCUAGCACGCUUGUCGAUCUCCUUAGGGACGAACACUUCGAUUACUUUGAAAAGAUCGUGAAGCAGCUCAAAGUGCUGUUCUUCCAUGACGGAGUUGGCGAACUACUGCUUAAAGCCCUGACAAGUUUGCCGGAACAAGAUUUAUCUCGCCCGCUCGUUGUUUACGUCACGAGUAGAGACCUGUUCUGGCAAGACCAACACCUGAGAUGUGGCGUUAUCAUACACGUGCUAAGGUCACUCGUGCGCCGAUUCGCCAUUGGUCAUGACGCCGAGUAUAGCCAUGUACUCAGUGUUGCUCAUCUGUAUAACAUAUGUCACAAUCUGUUUCCUGAUGCCCCGCACUUCCCUGAUCUGGAGUUCUUCAUUCAGCGACAGGAUACGGAACGGUUCUUCUACGGAAAAGCACCGCAGAAUAUUACAGAGGCUCAAAGACAGCUCAAGCUUACUCUGUACGGUUGCACUGAGGCGAUCAAGGGCAAGUCAGACCGUACGAUCGGCAAAAUUGGCGGACGCCUGAUGCUAAGCAGUUGUAUCCGUAUUCCCUCCCACAUUGACUCUUUGCUAGAGAAUCGGUUUCAUACCCAUGAUAGUCCGAUAAGCGUCGAGGAAGCUGAUGAAUCGACUCGCCGUCUAUUGAAUAGUUUUGGCGAUAAGAGGCAGGAAAACGAGCGGAUACGGCUUUUCAACUGGCCAGUCGAUGCAGUCGGCCCUGAAGGCAACACAUACCACAGGCUAUAUUUCCACAAAUUUGACAAUACGUGGGAUCCUGUCGCAGUACUACGGUCGGUGAUGCUAUGGUUCGAGGCGGAUGCUGUCAAUCUCAACUUCUGCACGCCAAAGCUGGUCCUUCUCUGCAGCGACAUCCUCUCGGAAAUUCUCGACAUGUUCCGGAACGACCCCGCCUUCAAGAAAGCGUUUUGGAACGACAUGGUUGACCCAGCCUCCCUAGCACCAUCGGUAGCGCUCCGGAUUCUGACCCUUACCGCCGACGAAGCUGGAACACGUAAAAAACGGCCAGAUGACCCACCGAUGAGGAUGGAUCAGCUACGCGAAGUCUACAACAUUAUGCAAAAACACUACUUGCGCCCCGUUAGGACCAUACCAGGCGAGAAGACGUGGGCGGGCGAUGUCUGUAUCGCGAAUCUAGUCAACACAGAAAAAGAGGCCAAUAUCGGCGAAUAUUGGGGUCCAGUGAACUUUUUCCACGGCAAAGACAUUUUCACACAUCCUGAACGUGACAGGAUUGAUCCGGAUAGACAUCGUCCCGAGGGGCCCGCUGCCGCUUCGAACCUGUACAAGAAUUGGGACUUUGGUGGAAACAAAGAUGAAAGUAGGAUGUUCAACGCUAUCUCCAGGUUUCGUGGCAGAGGGCCGGGAUGGAGCAGAACUAUCGUGAGCAGAGCUAUGGAGGGGGCUGCUGAUCGCCUUGUAUAA